AUGCCAUACGCCUUAUCUGAAGCUCAUAGACAAUUGACUGAAGGUCACUUAAGAGACACCGACCCAGAAGUUGAUCAAAUUAUCAAAGAUGAAGUUGAUAGACAAAAGCAUUCAAUUGUGUUGAUUGCUAGUGAAAACUUCACCACUACUUCUGUUUUCGAUGCUUUGGGAACUCCAAUGAGUAAUAAGUACUCUGAAGGUUAUCCAGGUGCUAGAUACUAUGGUGGUAAUGAACAUAUUGACAGAAUGGAGACUUUAUGUCAACAAAGAGCAUUGAAAGCAUUUCAUUUAUCUCCUGAUAAGUGGGGGGUCAAUGUGCAAACUUUAAGUGGAUCACCAGCUAAUUUACAAGUGUAUCAAGCUAUUAUGAAACCUCAUGAUCGUUUAAUGGGAUUGGAUUUACCUCAUGGUGGUCAUUUAUCACAUGGAUAUCAAACCGACACCAGAAAGAUUAGUGCUGUUUCCACUUAUUUUGAAACUAUGCCAUAUAGAGUUGAUUUGGAAACUGGAUUGAUUGAUUAUGAUAUGUUGGAAAAGACUGCUGUCUUGUACAGACCUAAAGUGCUUGUUGCUGGUACUAGUGCAUAUUGUAGAUUGAUUGAUUACAAGAAGAUGAGGGAAAUUGCUGAUAAAGUUGGUGCCUACCUUGUGGUUGAUAUGGCUCAUAUUUCAGGUUUAAUUGCUGCUGGUGUUAUCCCAUCUCCAUUUGAAUAUGCUGAUAUUGUUACCACCACUACUCACAAAUCUUUAAGAGGUCCAAGAGGUGCUAUGAUUUUCUUCAGAAAAGGAGUUAGAUCAGUUAACCCUAAAACUGGACAAGAAAUUAUGUAUGAUUUGGAAAACCCAAUCAAUUUUUCGGUGUUUCCUGGACAUCAAGGUGGUCCACACAAUCAUACCAUUGCUGCUUUGGCCACUGCUUUGAAACAAGCUGAUACUCAAGAGUUUAAAGAUUAUCAACAACAAGUUGUUAAAAAUGCUAAGGCAUUGGAAGAACAAUUCAAAGCCAAGGGCUAUAAAUUAGUUUCUGAUGGAACUGAUUCUCACAUGGUGCUUGUUUCAUUAAAAGAUAAGCAAAUCGAUGGUGCUAGAAUUGAAACUGUUUGUGAACGUAUCAAUAUUGCUUUGAACAAAAACUCCAUCCCAGGGGAUAAAUCAGCCUUGGUUCCUGGUGGAGUAAGAAUUGGUGCACCAGCAAUGACAACUAGAGGUCUUGGAGAAGAGGAUUUCAAGAGAAUUGUCGAUUAUAUUGAUUUUGCUGUCAACUAUGCUAAAGAAGUUCAAGCUAGUUUACCUAAAGAUGCCAACAAGUUGAAGGAUUUCAAGAAUAAAGUGUUGCAUGGGCAAGAUGAGAAAUUGGAUGCGGUCAAGGCUGAAAUUUCCGAAUGGGCCGGUUCAUUCCCAUUGGCUGUUUAA